AUGGAACUUCCCGCAACAAGGUUACGAAAAGGACUAGUGAUUUUUCCUCUUAUUCUACUUACAAUAGCUCCAAUCCUUUAUCUCCUUUUUGGUUAUCCUCUCUAUUAUUCAUCAACAUCGAUAUACAAACAUUUAACAAAUUCAUCAUCAGAUCAUCAUAACACAUCAUCAGAAUUGCAUGAUAAUGAUUAUGACGACACAUAUCAUCCCAAGCCAUCAUCUUCAGAUGACAAUCAUUCCAUCUCAUCGUAUAAAGAAACUCCUAAGAAAGAGAACGGCCGUCAAAAAAGAAAACGGGAAUGCGAUAUAUUCUCCGGCGAGUGGAUUCCAAACCCUGAAGCACCGUACUACACAAACACGACAUGCAGGGCGAUACACGAACACCAAAACUGCAUCAAGUAUGGGAGACCUGAUUUAGGUUUCAUGAAAUGGAGAUGGAAACCAAAAGAGUGUGAUCUCCCUUUGUUUGAUCCUUCCGAGUUUCUGGAGAUGGUUAGAGGUAAAAGCAUGGCGUUCGUUGGUGACUCCGUUAGCAGAAACCACGUUCAGUCUUUGAUCUGCCUACUCUCUCAGGUGGAAGAUCCCGAGGAUGACUCACGUCAACAAGACUUUAAUUUCCAGAGAUGGAUAUACAAAACCUACAACUUUACGAUUGCCACAUUUUGGACAACCCACUUGGUUCGCUCCGAAGAAACCGAAACCGGUCCGGCAGGUCCUAAUUCGUUUUACAAUCUAUACCUCGACGAACCUGCCCCAUCUUGGGCUUCCCAAAUCGUUGAAUUCGAUUACGUUAUCAUAUCCUCUGGACAGUGGUUUUUCCGACCACUCUUCCUUUUUGACAAACAAAAAAGGAUAGGAUGCUUGUAUUGUUACAUUCCCGGUGUCAGAAAUGUUGGGGCACAUUUCGCGUAUAGAAGAGCAUUAAGAACAACAUUUAAGACCAUUCUUGGAUUAGAGAACUUUAAAGGUGAAGUGUUUCUAAGGACAUUUGCACCUUCACAUUUCGAAGACGGGGAAUGGGAUAAAGGAGCAAUGAGACAGAGUUAG